GGAAUACAAUUACACGCACGUUAGGAGCUCAGUUGAGUACUUAGCUCCCGCUAAACCGAACAUGUCGCGAGUGAUAAUAUUGUGUGCGCUUGCUGCAGUCACUAUAGCACAUGGGCCCCUCCCAUCCAUGCCGACCCAGGGCAGUGUAUGGCCGAAACCAUACAGGGAACAAAAGGGAAAUGAUGUAUACAAAUUAGCUCACAACCGAACUUUUGUUUUCAUGGCAUUUAAUAAUUCUUGUGCCCUCACGAGAAAUGCAGCAUUCAGAGCUUGUGACAACGUGAAAAUCUUAGCAGAUAUGGUGUACAACAAGCAAGAUGUCGGAAAUUCUGAUUUGAAUGAACUACCCGUGCAAUGGAAGUUGUACUUAAAUUUGACGCAACCUUGCGAGGCCUACCCGCACGCUGAUAUGGACGAAGGCUAUAAUCUAACUAUUGGACCUGAAUCUAUACUCACCAGUGCCUCUGUAUGGGGGAUCAUGCGAGGACUAGAGACGUGGUCACAGCUGUUCUACAUUUCUGAUGAUUAUACAGAAGUACUUAUAAAUUCGACAACAAUCUACGACUACCCACAAUACUCGCACCGCGGUAUAUUGGUGGACACGUCACGUCACUACCUGUCGAUGGACACGAUGUACAAGUUGUUGGACGGCAUGGCCACCAACAAGAUGAACGUGCUGCACUGGCACAUGGUUGAUGACCCGAGUUUCCCGUACCAGAGCGAGAAGUUCCCUGAACUGAGCCAAAAGGGAGCCUAUUUUCCGUCUAUGACGUACAAAAGGAGAGCAAUUAAGAAAAUUGUCGAAUACGGUAAAAAACUCGGUAUAAGGCUCCUCCUUGAAAUAGACACACCAGCACAUGUAACUUCAUGGGGCCUUUCACAUCCGGAAAUAAUGACGCAGUGCAAAGAGAGCUAUCGGCGGCCAUUGAACCCUGUCAAGAACGAAACAUACGACCUGCUUAGAAAACUAUUCAGGGAAGUGCAAGAUAUGCUCCCCGAGCGAUACUUCCACUUGGGAGGCGACGAGGUCCUUGAAGAAUGCUGGACAGAAGAUCCUACAACGCAGCAAUACAUGAAGGAACACCAAAUGUCUACGGACGACCUUUACGGACUUUAUAUGAACAACACUAUGAAACUGCUUAAAAAGGGCACUGUCCCUGUUAUGUGGGAGGAAGCUUUUUUCAACAAUAAGACUGACAUGACUAAUGCGGUGGUGCAAGCGUGGAACUCCAAAGCUGAAAUGGCGGAGAUGAUAAAAAAACAUAUAAAAGUAAUAUUUUCAACAGAGUGGUAUCUCGGCUACGAUUUGUCAAAACAUUUCAAUGACUAUUACAAAUUUGAUCCUCGACUAAUUGCGUAUAACGCGACUGAAGACCAUUCUCUGGACAAGUACAUCAUAGGCGGCGAGGCUUGUAUGUGGGGGGAAAUGGUGGACGAUAGCAACAUCCUGAGCAGGAUAUUUCCACGAGGCUCUGGACCAGCAGAAGUGUUGUGGAGUGUCACUAAUGGAACGGUUCCUGACGAUCUCUUUAAUCGCAUGGAGGAGCACUCCUGCCGGAUGCGUCGUCGAGGAUACCCCGCUGAGCCUCCGUCCGGACCCGGCUUUUGCGUGACACCAAAAAAUAUUAUUAUAAAGCCAAAACAUAAACCGAAUCCCUAUCAUCGGGACCGUAAAGCGAGUCGUUCGGGAUUCACACGUUACAUCGUCAUACAUCCUAAUCGCACCAAAACUCCUUUAUAAUACUUAAAUACUUACUAAUAAUAUAAAAUUCAUAAUAAUAAUAAUUAAGGCGUAGGGAAGUGACGACCCCAUCGCCCUCUGGUGAAUUCAUCAGCGAACCUGGUGAAUUCAACAGUGCAGUCGGUCUCCGCAGGCCAGGUUGUGGCGAGCUGUUGGUGAGUGACGACACCACGGAGCUGAGAACCCCGAGAGUCGGUCAGGCCCUCCGUCUCCGGGUUGCCUUCACUGGUCGGCCGGAGUGGACCCCAGCGGGGGCCGCAGGACUCUCACCUCUGGCUUGCCUUCAUUGGCCAGAGUGGGGCGUUAGAGCUAUACGCUCGCAGGGUGGAAAUGAAAGAUGCAUAAGUCGCGACUUGGUGAGGCGGGUAAUAAUAUUAAGUACUUAAAUAACAAGCCACUAUUUGUAUGCCUACUAAUAGGCU